GGGGGAGGAGCAAAGGAUCAGAGAGGGGGGAAACCCAGAAAAAAAAACCCAAGCAUGACUCAGCCUGCUGCUUCAAUUGGUUCUUGGAGGAGUGUUGCAUAUCCUCCACAACAAUCCGUGUCAUCUGGAGAUGUGUGUUGACUCCUGGCCUACAUUCACUACUGCCAUUUGUUACCGUCAAAAACAGCAUUUCAGGAGCAGCAGCAUCUCUGGGGUGAUUCCUGACAUCUGCACAGUCUUCACCAAAAACCCAGAAACUCUGAGAAGUCUGCUGCUUAAUGAGAGAGUCGUAAAGUGGAGGAGCGGACUCAUAUUCAGAGGUAUACCCAGAUCACAUUGUCAUCUCAUCAAAGAUCUCGCCGUUCUCAGAGGGCUUGAUAUCACAGAAUAUGGGGGUUAUAACACCUUUAUCUACCACAACCAGCAGAAUAUGGACCGUCAAGAGAAGGUGUUGCCACUGCCAAUAUCCACUCUGGAUGAAUCCCACGCGGAGCUCGUUGACACACACUUGCCUUACGGAGGCAACCAGGAGAGCCUCAGCCACGUGAGAGCCUGUAUCCGCCAUCUGCCAAACCACUGUGUGACGGAUGAGACAGGCCGGCCCGUGUCCUGGAUGCUGUCUGACGAGCUGUGUGAGCUGAGGAUGGCUUACACCCUACCAGAGUACAGACGGGCCGGUCACCUCCUGGCUCUGUCUCUGGCUCUGAUGCGCAGGAUGGGCUCUGCGGGUUUGCCCAUCUACUGUCACAUCAACCAGCAGAACCAGGCCACCAUUAAUGCCGUGACCUCACUCGGCUUCUCCGCUUGUCCCAGUAUGGAGGAGAUGUCAGUGCUGCUAAUAUGCAAGGACAGAGUGUGAGUGAGUCAAACUAAUGACAAUAAAGUUGGCUGGAUGAUUGA